AUGGGCUCGCCGAUUUCGGGAUUCAUCGCCGAGGCGGUGCUACAGCGGUUGGAGUCGCUGGUCUUCCAACACAACAGACCGAAAUUCUGGGCUCCGUAUGUGGACGAUACCUUCGUCGUCAUCGAACGGGAUCAGGUGCUAACGUUCAAAGAACGUCUCAACAGCGUCUUCCCGGACAUCCAAUUCACGAUGGAGGAGGAAGAGAAUAACCAGCUGGCAUUCCUUGAUGUCCUCGUCUGUCGCAAAGAUUGUGGUGGCCUAAAGACCAAAGUGUUCAGAAAAGCAACGAACACGACGCAAAUUCUGAACUUCAACAGUAACCACCCAAUCUGCCACAAACGCAGUUGCGUAAGAACGCUAUUUCGGCGUGUUGAGACGCACUGCAAUGAACCGGAAGACAAGGUUGCCGAAUCCCAAUAUCUUCGACGGGUUUUCCGAGAAAACGGUUACCCGCGCAACUUCGUCAACCAGUGCCUGCGCAAACGAGACGAGCGACAAAAUUGCGCCGACCCCAAAUUCUGGCGAGCGAUCACGUAUAUCAAGAACGUCUCCGAGGCCGUUAGCCGCCUUCUUGCACCACUUGGGUGUUGGAGUUGCGCACAGACCGGAGGCCACCAUGGGGCGUCAAGUGAUGAGACCAAAAGACCCACUGCCACGGCAAGAAACAUCUGGAGUCGUUUACCGGAUCUGGUGCAGUUGCGGACAAAGCAACUACGUCGGAGAAACUGGAAGAAUGCUCCGGACGCUAAUCGCCGAACACGUGGCAGCUGUACGGAGAAAUGA